GUAACUAAUUACUCUUACAUACAGGUAAUUGAGUUACUAACUCACUCACUCUUUGGGAGAAGUAAUUUUUAACUAUAAUUAAUUACUUUUUUAAAGUAAGAUUAACAACACUGCCUUUAACACUUCAGCCGUGCCUAGAUAUUCUGUCCAUAAAAGUUAUUACCAGAAUUAGAAUUAAAGGAUAGCACUAAUGGAGUCCUACCCUCACUGUAAACAAAUCCGACUUACUGCCAGCAAUGCGAACCAAACUCUGACACCGGUUGGACAGUGACCAAACUGCCCAUUUAAGGUGGUCCAGUACGCCAUACUCCCAGCGCACCCCCAACAGAAGUUCCUGAGUCAAAUACCUUCUCUUAGGGCGCUUUCACACUAGCACUGUUUGGUCCGUUUUAGACUAACCAGUUCUUUUUCUCAGAUAGUUCGCUUCGUUUUCUAAAUGUGAACACGCGUUCGAACUCUAGUUCGGACCAAACAAACGAACUCUGGUCCACUCAAAAAUCAUGGGUUUCGGUCCGCUUUAAGUGCACCCUGCUUCACUUGUGAAUGCGAAGUGGACCAAGAUGCACUUAUGCUACAUUACAUGCAGCUUCUGUAACGUUCCACGCUCCCUCUCCCCCUAAGAGGGAGGUAUUUCCUCUUCUAAAUGUGUCCAAUCAAUGAUUGCACCUUUCAUCCAUGUCAUUGUACUUGGGAAGUUCGGUUGGCGCAGCGUGAAUACCUUUACAACAAGUCAUUUGCAAGUGUUGUUGUGAGGUAACUCUCCAAAUGGAACCUGGUCCUCUUGGUCUAAUGUAAAAGUAUCCUUAAGCCAUGAAACACCUGAAGACUGGCGCACUCCCAUGCUCCCGCAAGUACUUUGCUUAGGGUGUAAACUGGUCCACUGUUCCACAGCCAGCAUGAGAACCACAUCAUGAUAGUAACCAGGACAAAUGACCAAGAGUCCUGAAACCAAGGUUCAACUUCCUAACAGACCCUCCUUUCCAGUGCCGCUGAAUAUACUACUAGGGUGGCCAGUGCUUUGUAAAUCAUAUGGUGCCGGAACGCAAAGUACAUAUGACAGCGCAGGGAUGACGAGAGGGGUACAGGUCCCGGAAUAUACACAAAAAAUUGUGGUGAAACAACACGCAAAUGCCCACUUGCCAUGCUGUGGGACCUACAGGCCUCAAUUUCAGAUAAUAUCCAUGGUAUAAAUGUUAUCACAACAAUUUACAAUUAUUUAGGAUAUACUCUGCACAGCACGGAAAAUUGCAAAUAUAAACACAGGUGGGACUUACAGUAAACAGCGAUAUAACAUGGCUAUAGAUCAGGGGUGGGCAAUUAAUUCCACAAAGGGCCGCAGUGGGUGCGGGUUUUUGUUGCAACCCAUUAAGAGGACACCUUUUCACCAAUCUGCUGUUUUACAAGUGCAAUCAGUCGAUUGCAGUCAGGUGCUUCUCAUUUCUGCUGAAACCGCAUUGGUUAAACUAUCUGUGCUGGGUCAGUUGGAACAAAGACCAGGACCCACUGCGGCCCUCGAGGACCGGUUUGCCCACCCCUGCUAUAGAUGAUUAAUCCAUCAGUAGGGGCUCAUCACCAAAUGUAUCACUACAGCCCUUUUCACACACAUAUCCAGGGAAAUUCCCCUGUAAAGUGACGCGGGAUUUGCUCGGUCAUUGCCUUCACGCAUGAAAAGAUGUCCCGAGAAUGAAGCGGGUUGAAGGCUUUCACAGACUUGUCCCGUGUUGCCCACUGGCGCUGUCUGUGCAGGGAGGGCUGCUGGCGCGAUUUUAUAAACCGGACAUAUACAUCAUUUAUGGUCGGCAUCGGCUGUCACAACGUUGGUCAAAUCAUGUUUUGUUCCGGAGAGAGCGUUCCCAACGUCGUAAAUCCAGCCAAUUUAAACUCAUCAAGACUGUAAGUGGUGGCAUGUGGUAAAAUGGAGCCUAAAAAAAUCCAGCCCGACCCGAGCUGGUCCGCGGGCAUUAAAGCCCGUCCCGAGCUCGGUCAAUUAACUUGAUUUACAGGCCCGAACCCGAAAACCCCCGAAAUUUUAUCUUUUAUUUGUAUGCUCCAGCCCGAAAAAAAACAACGAAAUUUUAUAUUUUAUUUGUAGGCUCAAGCCCGAACCCCCAACCCCCCCGAAAUUUUAUCUUUUAUUUGUGAGGACUCAGGAUGAGGAUGAAAAGGAUGGGAUGCGCCAGUCAGACCUGGACACCACUGCUUGCUGCUUGGGAAAGCAGACUGGUUGCGCUUUGUGUGAUCACAUUUGUGACGAUGCCUGUGUCUUUUGUAACGAAUUCUCAGUUGGUAGAAAAACAAACUUAAGUUUUUUUAAUGUUUGAAAAGUCUGCAUAUUUUUAUGAUCAUUCUAAAUGCAUUUAAACAAUGAAAUAACGCUGGAAAAGUUUGUUAAAUAUAAAGAGCUGCGGUUUUGCGACAUUUGUGACAAUGUCUGUGCGUAAAAGACUGUCUUGGGUAACGAAUUCUCAGUUGGCAGAAAAAAAAUCACAAGUUUUCUCAAUGUUUCAAUAGUCUGCAUAUUUUUAUGAUCAUUUUAAAUGCAUUUACACAAUGAAAUAAGGCUGGAAAAAUAUGUUAAAUAUAAAUAAACAGAUGCGGUUUUGUGGACACACAGAGGGGAAGAUUAAAAAGGGCGCAUUGCACGCUCUGGGUCUGCACAUAUACUGUUUGCAAUGACCAUACAGCGCCUUCGCUUUUUUAUCCAAAUUAUUUACUUAUAACAAGUAUUUAUUAGUUUAACACCCAUGAAUCGUUUGAGUAUAAAUAUAUAAAUAUAUAUUUAUUUUAAAAAGUUAUCGAGUGAGAACCCCGGCUCGGCUCGACCCAAAUGUAAUAUUUGGACAUUUUAACUACGUUAUGUUUUCAGUUUAAUCUAGCUGUUUCCCGCUUGCUAUGUUUAUAAUUGUGAUGUUUGUUUACCGCUUUGCGGUUUACAGCGAAGAGGGAGGAAGUGACAAUCUGCCCGCUAUGAUAUUUACCUUUAUCAGCCAUCGUCCUGUGACCCUGGAAUUUAACGCCUGCUUUCACGCACACCGCUUCCCGGGUAAGUCCCGGACAUGAUACUCGGACGCAACCCGUGAAAUGUCCGCGUAAUCUCCGUGUCAGUCGACACGGGAAAUUUUUUUCUCACACAACUGCUACACUGGUUAAUCCCGCGACUUUACCGGUGUUUUGGAGUAGUGAAAGGGGCUGUAGCUAAGCGUUUGACUCUUUGUCAACGUUACAAUACAAUACAAUAUAUAUAUAUAUUUUUUUUUUAAAGUUUUUAUAUUAUUAUUAUUUUCUACACACGAGAGGUACCGGAUCCGCCCAAAUAAGUCCCGGAACACAGGGACACCAAAAUCAAGAGGUGGCCGAUCCUGUUCCGGCGUGUUCCGGCACAAAUUAACCCCUGAGGGUGGCUGAGGAGUGUGAUUCAUCUGUUGUUGGAACUUGGAACACACUCUCUGGCCCCCCUUCUUAAAUGGGGGCAAUACCAUCCUGGACAUAAACUACUACAGUUAACUCAAAGUAAAUCAAUAUUUUGCAGAGGUCAAUGGAACCCACUAUAAUUUGAGAAGAACUGUGCAGUGUGAUUGGCUGGCAACCAAUUCAGGGUCUAUCCUGCCUCUGCCAAUAGUUAGCUGGGAUAGGUUCUGGCACCCCACGACCUUUGUGGGGAUAAGCCGAAUGGAAGAUGAAUAAAUGAAUAAUUUUCAGCAUUGAAAAAUAAUAGCAGAUCAUUAAUAAUAAUGGUACUUCCUAUGACUGCAAAAUAGUAAGUCGCAUUUUUACUAGAAGACGAACACUAAUAAAUAUGCAAUCAAAAUGCCGUUUGUUGAGAUCGUUGUUUUAUCAAAUACCUUGUUAAACGAUUUAUACAGGCUGUGAUUUCUACAGCUGUGGUGGGUCGUGCUAAUACCACAACCAUUGAAUAGUAACGUAUGAAAUAUCUAUAAUCUGGUAUAUUUAGAUACAAACUUUCAUUACUAUGCUCAGUUCCAUUUUUAAUAUCGAAGCCAAGCCUUUGUACUGUGUGUAUCUUUGUAAAAAUAAAAUUGAUUUAAUUAAAUUACAGCACUUGAAUUGAAUCUCAAAGGAUAGCGCAUAUGUUCCUAGUAAAGUGUCAGUGUAUUUUGAAGUGGAAAUUAUGGCGAUGAGCUGCACAUUCACGUCUUGCUAUCGCUCCUCUUGUCACAAACAAAAUGUUAGAAAGUCACUGGUGAAACACACUGUUGUUGUUGAGUGUUAUCUGCAUCUUUAAGACCAAAAUAACACCUGUAGAAUUGCCUGAGAGCUAUGUCUAUUUUCAAACUGAUGACUAGUGAUUUGAAAGUGACGGUCCUGUUAAACCGCAAGUGUUUUUGCUUUGAAAAAGAAAAAGAAAAAACUGUUGAAAACAGCCAGUCUUUUUAAAUGUGCAAAAAGAUUUGUGAUCAAAUACAGAAAAGUAAUGUCUUUUUCACGUGUCCCGCCAGGUCACAUAUCUGCAUAGUUUAUCAUGUGGCUUUUUGGCUGAGACAAAGCCUUCUCCAAUUCCCUCAUGGCGCUGGAGAAAGUUUGGCUCUUGUGUGUUUCUUGUUAAGGGUCACAGCUUGUAGUGACCAUUUGCCUUCCUCUCCGCUGUGAUGUUGUUUUAAACCCGGAGUUAACCACAGAGUGAUCUGAAGAAGAAUGGGCAUAUUUGGGGACCGCCAUCCGUCACGUGGACUGAAGGGCUUGUUUCCUCUCUGACCCGUCACCUCUGAUGAAUUCUCACUAAAGACUCCGCUGGGGAAGGUACAGCCAACGUUUGCCUUGGCUUAACAGCAAAUAUUUUAGCCAGAUUUCCACAAUUGUGCCACAACCUUUUGCACUCAUAGAACAUUAUUUAUAAUCCUUGUUUGUUUAUUAUGGGUGGACCCCGGAAGUUUUCGUAAUUGUUGAGGGAGAAAUAAUUUUUCUCUGCUUCCAUGUUGAACUAUGUUGCUAUCAUUUGAUGACGCGGAUGUUCUUCUGGGAUAUGAUUUAGCGUCUGUACUAAUUCCCAGAAUAAAUCUGAGAUUUUAUCUUCUUGAGAAUCAUAAAAUACCCGAUUACCAUUUGUGGAAAUUCACUUUUUAUAUACUUUAUGGACAUGAAGUUAUUAAACCACACCUCUUAAUAAAUCUAAGGACCAGAGAAUAAUAAUGAAUGAAUUGAUCUUUUAGACUUUUUUGGACUGUGUAUUGACAAAAAUCUAUUUCAGCACAAUUUAAAUUGAAAUUCCAAUUGAGAUUCUAAAAUAAAAAAAAUUUAAAAAGUGCUCAUCUCAAAUUCAAUUAGUUCUGGUCUAAUCAUUUUUGACAAUUCCGUAUUAAACUUUGUGGGAACAGUUUGGGGAAGGCCUUUCCUAUUCCCAGUGCACUAUAAGUAAGGUCCUAGAAUACAGAGCCAACUGACGAUCUAUCCUUUUGACCUCACAAAUGUUUCUUUGGGUAAAUGGAUUUUAAAAAUAAAAUCCCCAAAGAUACUCCAACUUUAGAUGAGUGAAAACUGUUAUAAGUGUAAAAGCGCACAAACUCCAUAGUUCUGCCACAAUUUGAACCAACAAGUUGAUUGCAAUUAUGUGUAGCCACAAUGUAUGGUUAUACAGUAUGUCAUGGCAGUGUAAUAUUUGCAUUAUGGUUGACCAGUUUGAUCCCUGAAGAAUUGCAUUUUCUUCCAUUUGGUAUCUCCCUCCUUUCUUUGUUCGCCCCACAUCUCCAAAUCAAAUCAGUCACCACUUACAGAGAGGUUACAAACACUCACUGGAAUUCAAGACAAAUAUUCCAGAUGGUGAUGAUGGAAAGUGCCAGAUUCUCACUGUGCACUAUCUUGAAUUCACACUCCGUUUUUGAUGUUAUCGAGAGUUCGUGGGUUUUAAGAAUGGAUUCCAAAGUGGGGAAUUUCACAAAAUCCAUCAUGUUUCGGCGUGUAUGUUGAAGAUGUUCUCUGUUAUCUCUGAUUUACUCUUUAUUUCACUUGAGUUGGAGAGGUCAUUCAAUAAUGGCGAAAAAGUUUUGGAACGGAUUUAUCUUGGUCUCAUUUUUUUAUGUCACAAAAUCCUAGCAUUUGAACAUUGGUUUUUAGACAUUUUAAAUCCACUGUGUAUGUAUACAUUAUUGUUACACUAAAUAGUAGAAUAAUUUAUAAUCUUGCCUGUUGUAGGAGUAAUUAUGUUUGAACUUGUUUCUAUAUUGUUUUUAUAUAUGUAGAUUGUGUCAUAUGCAAUUUUAAUGUUAAAAGUGAUGACAGCGGAGCUGCAUUCCUGCGAGAGCUUUACAUUGAGGAAACUCCUUUUUAUUCAUAGAGCAGGUCAAAAUGUUAUUUAUUUUUCUCAUGGGUAAGCAUUUUUGAUCACAUUCCAAAGCAAUGCAGUUUGUAUGAUUUUGUGUUAACACAUGUAUGCAUUAUUUUUCCACUCUGUAUCAUAUUUCUAGCACACAAAGUUUAGAUUCUAAAAACACUGUUAGGUUUACUGUUAUUAACAUGAUGCCUAUUUUCUUACUUCAUCCUAUUAUGAAACUGUUAUGAAAGUGUGGUGAGUUUCAUACUAAAAGGAUGAAUCAGAAAGCUCACAGGCUUUAGGUCAGGGUGUGUUGGAAAGGAUUUUAAUUGUGAGGAUUAUUAUUUUUUAAUUUAUGAUCUCUUAAUUGAACGGUCUUGAUCUGCCCCAAAAAUGACAAACUUGAUGAGGAACAAGUUUCAAAUUUAUGAAUCAUCAAACUAUAACGUAAUAUGUUCAAAUUAAGAGUAUUGUUCUUUAUUUUCAAUUUAGGGCUGUUUAAAAUAUCUUCUUUUACGAACGCUCUUAUUUCUUCAUUAACACAAACUGAACCACUCUUGAACUUGGCCAAACUAAUACAAGUCUGUGGUUAGUCAGAGCCUGUUGAGAAGUCAGCGAGGGUCAGGACAAGGCGAAAAUCUUGCUUGCUCCGCCCCCUGGCCUGUGACUAUCGCCAGUAUUUGAGUCUUCGGGGGGCUAAAGGCAAGCCAGACGUUGUAGAGGCACAAGAACGAGGCUGUGAUACCCUUGCACACACUCCUACUCACUGCACAUUCAGAGGGAGGCAGGCACACCUCCAUUUUUGUCAUCAUCACAUUCUUCUUAAUGUUUCCUGACCUCAUGCGCGAAUGAUGGCUUGGUAGUUUGUGAGAAGUGACUUCUUCUGGUUUAAGAGUUUGAAUUUGUCAUCUCCACCACUGGAUUUCCAUCCUGCUUUCUGGACUUUUAACUCUCAGAGCCAAUGCUGACCGAACCGUACGGCGCCAUGUCGAUGGGCUCAGACGUCCGAGAUCUGAGUCUCCUGUCUCCAAGUCCCCAGGUGUCCUCCCUAGGUGGGGCAGGAGGGGGCUGCGGACAAUGGCCGCCACUGUUGGAUCUCCAUCCCGGCUCUCCCUACAACUCCCUGCCCUCCCACCACUCCCUCAUCAAGCAGGAGCCCAACUGGGGGACAGCUGACCCAAUGGAGGAUCCCCACUGUGGACUCGGGGCCUUCACGUUGCACUUCUCGGGUCAGUUCACAGGCUCGGGCCCUUGCCGGGUCGGGGCUUUCGGUGAGCCGGCAGCGGGCCAGCCCAGAGUUUUUCCCAGUGGAACCUACCUCCCCAGCUGUAUGGACAGUCCUCCUGCACCCAGGAACCAAGGUUAUGGCACGAUGGGCUUAGAUGGGAACCCCAGUUACGCUCACACGCCAUCUCACCACACCCCUCAGCUCUCCAGCCUAUCCUUCAAGCACGAGGACACACUGUCGCCACCAAACAACAUUGUUGAGCAGCAAUAUCCUCCUCCUCCUCCUCCUAACCCUCCCGUGUUUGGGUGCCAUAAUCCUGCAGAAUCUUGCCCAAGCAACCAAGCACUACUGUUAAGAAACUACAACAGUGACAACCUGUACCAAAUGGCAUCUCAGCUGGAAUGUGUCACGUGGAACCAGAUGAACACACUUGCAUCUUCGAUGAAAAGCCACACAACCAGCUACGACAGUGAACCGAUAGCACCGCCCCCACCUAUGCUGGUGAGCGCCCAGUACCACAUCCACACACAUGGCGUCUUCAGAGGGCUUCAGGAUGUAAGACGGGUUCCCAGCCUUGCUCCUCCAGUAAAGUCAUCCGAGCCCGGUGAGAAACGUCCUUUUGUGUGCGCACAUCCUGGCUGCAGCAAGAAGUACUUCAAGCUUUCACAUCUGCAGAUGCACGGACGAAAACACACGGGAGAAAAGCCGUACCAGUGUGAUGUCACAGAGUGCGGCCGCAGAUUUUCUCGCUCCGACCAGCUGAAGAGACACCAACGCAGACACACAGGAGUGAAGCCCUUUGAGUGCGAGACAUGCCAGCGAAAGUUUUCACGGUCAGACCACCUUAAGACUCACACUCGGACUCAUACAGGCGAGAAGCCAUUCAUGUGUCGCUGGUCCAACUGCCAGAAGAAGUUUGCCCGCUCCGACGAGCUGGUGCGCCACCACAGCAUGCACCAGAGGAACCUGACCAAGCUGCAGUCUGCCAUCUGAGCCAGGACGGUGGAGAUGCAGCGUGCCAGCCAGUAGAAAGAGAGCUAGAGUGAGAGUGCCAGGUCAGAGGUUGUGGUGCCUUGCCAAAUGAGUAUAAGUGGAGGUCACAGCUGGUGCCAGCCCACAUCAACCACGUGGCAUUCGCAUGGUCCACAAGAUGCACCACAGCCAGAACACUUAUUGGGUCAUUUCCACUGAAAGGUUAUUACUAACUUAUAACUGAGCCCAAAACUUAAAAAAAAAAAAGACUGUACAAGGAAGUAGUUGAUGCUUUAUUUUCGAUAUCACAGCACACUUGCACUGUUUGGUUUUCUCAUACAAAAUGUACUGGAUCGUGUAAACUGGAUUUUAGGAAAUGUGUUGCUUCAGAGAAUGUAAAUACACACAAUGCACACCUAAUAACAUUGUACAUAUGUGAUGUAUAUGCUUAGUUUUAUAGACAUUCCAUUUUGUAUGAUGUUUUUUUUUUUGUAUAAAUGCUGAUCUAGAUCA